CAGUAUUAAUAUCAAAGCUGAUAGGAACGCAUCGCGGGACAGAAUGAGUUUCGAUAACAAAGUGGUUAUAGUGACAGGGUCCAGCUCCGGUAUCGGGGCGGGCACUGCCCUCGCGUUUGCUAAAGAAGGUGCAAGUGUAGUCAUAGUGGGACGCAAUGAAGAGAAGAUGAAAAAUGUAAGCACUAAAUGUGAAAGUUUAGGCAAAAAGCCAUUGGUCGUUAAAGCGGAUGUUUCAAAUGACGCUGACGCUAAGAGAAUAAUAGAUGAAACUAUAAAGACAUUUGGGAAAUUAGACAUCCUAGUUAACAACGCAGGUAUGGCAGAACAGACCGAGAUAACAAGUGAUGAUUUUAUGGAAAGUUUCGAUCGCGUAAUGAACAUAAACUUACGCGCGGCGGUGUACAUCACCCAUCUGGCGAUACCGCAUCUGAUCAAAACAAAAGGCAACAUUGUCAAUAUAUCAAGUAUAGCUGGAACUUCUACUACUGGUACUGCAGCCCUGGUUUCAUACUGUACAUCAAAGGCUGGACUCAAUCAUUUCUCGCGUGGAGUAGCCUUAAAAUUAGCCGAGCACGGAGUCCGUGUGAACAUCAUCAGCCCUGGGCCAGUGCGUACUGACAUUCUAGAUAAUCUGUCCAUUCCAAAUUUCAAUUGGGAUCAUUUUAAAGCGACCACACCGCUAAAGAGAUACAGUGAGCCAGAAGAGAUCGCUGAUCUGAUUUUGUUCUUGGCCAGUGACAAGGCGAGAGGCAUCACUGGGUCUGAUUUCGUUUCAGAUAACGGGCUUUUAUUGAAACAAUAGGGAACAAGUAUAUUCUACAGGAGUUUUCUUUUACGCUAUUUAUACGACAUAUAUUUUUAAAUCUAAAUCACAGCAAAAUCAAUGAAGAAUAUAACAUUUAGGUUUAAUAAAUUACAAUUAAAAAUGUACUAUCA